AUGGCGACAUUUACUGCGAGUCAAGUACUAGAACAUCAAAACAGCAAGUCCUGCUGGAUAAUAUACAAGGACAAAGUCUACGACAUUACAGAUUUUGUCGUAGAUCAUCCUGGCGGACGCGACAUUGUGCUCGAGUAUGCAGGAACCGACAUUACACACGUGCUUGGCGACGCAUUGUUGCAUACCCAUUCCGAUGCUGCCUAUGAACUUUUGGAAGAAUACUAUCUGGACGACGUUGACAACGACGGCGUGUUCCCUCCUACCGCAACACGAAAGGACGAAAUCAUCAACAGUGACACUAAUAAACGACGACAACAACAACAACAACAACCCAUCCAAACAACAAGAGACCAGGCUUUUCUCGAUCUACACAAGCCGCUCUUCCCGCAACUAUGGCACGCAACGUGGUCCAAAGAAUACUACCUUGAACAAGUGCAUCGACCACGGUUUGUGCCAUGGUACGUCCCUUACUUUAGUCACCCUUGGCUAGACAUGCUGUCGCAUACCCCGUGGUACGUCGUGCCCAUCGUCUGGAUCCCGUUUGUUAGCUACCAAUUGUGGCGAUCGGUCAAUAGCUAUCACGGAUCGCCUAUCGGAGCAUUUGAAGGUUUUGCGGGUGGCGUGUUCUUUUGGACCCUGCUCGAGUAUGGCCUGCACCGUUUCGUUUUCCAUCUGGAUGAUUGGCUGCCAGAUCAUCCCGUGGCGCUUUUGCUCCAUUUCACACUCCAUGGUAUCCACCACCACAUGCCCAUGGAUCGACUUCGCCUUGUCAUGCCUCCAGCACUAGCGGCGCUGAUUGGCUUUCCAGUGAUUCGAGGGAUGCACAUGCUCUUUAACAGCGCCACGGCCCACGCCGUUGUUGCUGGUGCUUACUUUGGCUACAUCUGCUACGACUGCAUACAUUACUAUCUGCACCAUGCUCAGGUAUUGCGUAUUCACUUUAGCGAGAUGAAGCGAUAUCAUCUGGCUCACCAUUACAAAGACUAUGAAGGUGGAUACGGAAUUACUUCCAAAGUGUGGGAUAUCGUUUUUGGUACCACCUUGAAAACCUGA